CAGACCUGGCUCUCAGGUGAACUAACAGAUGCCAUAGUCUAAUCUGGCCUACCCCACAUCCAUUGUGGUUCUCAUGAGCACCAGCUGGUGCUGGAGCCUACCACAGUCUGACUAACCCCAGACUCUGCCCACAGGCAUGCCAACCUGGUCUGCCCUCAGCCCUGGCUGUCACACUCACCAGGAGGAGCUGCAGCAUAGCAGGAGAGUGUCCAGAGUUCCCCUAUCAGGCAGCUCUCAGCUGUUCCCUGGAAGCCCACAGACACCAUCCGAGAUGACUUCUUUUGGUUGCUGGGGCCUGCCUACAGCCCUCCUCGCCCUGAUCUGCUGCUCAGGGUCUGGUGAGAAGACAUUCGAAGUGCACAUGUGGCCAGAGAGGCUGGUGGUCAAACCCACAGAGUCGUGGGAAGUCAACUGCAGCACCAGCUGUACGCAACCAGAGAAAGGAGGACUAGAGACCACCCUGAAAAAGACCCUGCUGGAAUCAGAGCGUCAGUGGCAGCGGUACUUGAUCUCCAACAUCUCCGAGGACACGGUCCUCUACUGUCACUACACUUGUGCUGGGAAGCAGCUGUCAAGCAAGCUCAGUGUCGUUGUAUAUCAGCCUCCAGAACAGGUUGUGCUGAAGCUACAGCCCACGUGGGUAGCCGUGGGCAGUUCCUUCACUAUUGAGUGCAGGGCACCUACUGUAGAGCCCCUGGAGAGCCUCACCCUCACCCUGCUCCGAGGCAACAAGACACUGCACAGCAAGACCUUUGAAGGGACAGCGGCUGUCCCCCAGGAGGCCACAGCCACAUUCAACGGAACAGCUGACCGAGAGGAUGGCCAGCACAACUUCUCCUGCCUGGCCAAGCUGGACCUGCGCUCUCGCGGUGGGGGCAUUUUUCACUGGGUCUCGGAGCCCCAGGGACUGGAGAUCUAUGUGCCCCCGCAGGACACGGAUAUGAUCAUCAUCAUCACGGUUGUGUCAGUGCUUCUGUUGUUGUUCGUGACAGCUGUCCUGCUCUGCUUUGCCUUUGGCCAGCACUGGCGUCAGAAGCGCACAGGCACCUAUGGGGUGCGAGCUGCUUGGAAGAGGCUGCCCCGGGCCUUUCGAGCACAGUCUGCGUGAGUGGCAUGAGGCCGCACCAAAGCAGCCAUUGGAGCUCGGCAUGCCUCCUUCGGGAUAGGGGCCAGCUCUGGCUGAAGGACAGUGCCCAGCAGCAGAGGAGUUGAGGACAUUUCCUGUUCUAACCUGAAUACAAACACCUGGCCUCAACCCUGUGCCCUCCAUGUCUGGCCCCAGGGAAACUCUCAGCAGCUGGGAAGGGGAACCCAGAGGCAGGGAACUCUCCCGAAGGGUUUCCCUCAGCACCUCCUCCUUCACAGGGGCCUUCCAGAGCCUCUACCAUCCCAUGUUGCAUGGCAGCCCCUGACAGACUGGGAAAGGCCCCAAGAUGCCGCCCUCCCAAGCUUGUCCCUGAGUGCCCAAUUCUUAUUUAAGGAAGGUCGGAAAUUCCCCGUGGCCCACUGAGGCAGAGAGGAACAAUACACACCCCCUUCCCAAAAUGUGGGAUCUCAGCCACUGCCCACUGGAGAAGGAACCCUGCUCUGAUCCUGCAGUUAGGGGGCACAAGGGAACCGCUUGAUUUCAGGGGCCUGUCCACCUGGCACCGCACCCUUAGUCCUACACUGCUGUAUUUCUAAUGGGGCUCCUUAAGGGCCUGGGGUAACAGAAGCAAUCACCACACAUCAUGAUUAUAACAAAAGGAGACAUCUCAAUCCCAGCUCCUGUCAUCCCAGGCUGAGGGAGCCAGCGUUCUGGUCGCCAGGCCUUCCCUGCUCAGGUAGGCAGCAGGAGGGCAGAGCUGGGCAGCCUCAGCUGCCAGGCUUAGGCAGGGCUCUAGGAGCUCUGAUGCCAGACGUUGGGGGCUAGGAGCUGAGGCUGGGGGCAUGGAAGGUCAUGGAAGGUCAUGGAAGCCGAGGGGUAGGAAGGGUCCCCAGCUAAGGGCACAGAGCUGGCAGACAGGACAUGAGACAGCAGGUCGAGACAAAGGCACUGGCGAGGCCCUGGGCGAGGGUCACCCCUCAGGGUAGGCUCUCUGCGUCGUAGUAGUCUGGGGAGACAGCACUGCAUCUUCACUCCCUCUUGCCUCCUCAGUGAACCCCAAGAAGGAAGAGGGCAGGCACAGACCCCGUGGCAGUGAUGGUAGGAACCCCACCCUAUGCCGCACAUACCUGUGGGACACACAGAGCUCCCAACCUGAUACACCUGAACACUCUGCCCCUUGGCCCACCCACCUAGCUCCAGACCUUAGCUGGGGGUACAUCUGUACCCACAGUCCCUGUGGCACUGGGGGGAGGUGGCGGGGGCACAGCUCUCCUGAGAGAAGAAAGACCACAUCAAAGGCCCAGUGGUGGCCACUAGGAUU